UCUAGCACGCACCCCGUCGUUGCUGUAUAAAGACGUACGGUAGCUCAAACGGCCCCAUCACACUGAAUACGUCGCUACUCCACUCAGCUUGCACAGCGGGAAAUGGCAGUGACCAUGGGGUGCAACGCCACGGAGGAAGCUUCUGGUUGCCAACGCAUUGCCCUGGCCAACGAAUCAGGGUACGAAUUCAACCUAUCGUACGGGCCAACACUGCUGUCCAACUACUCCGGAUGGUCAGAUUCUUUCGAAACGAACGCAGUGGAAAACCUGAUCAACUUCAUCCUGUGGUUACUGUUGGCACUGACAGUAUUUGGCAAUGUCUUAGUCAUUGUUGUCAUCACAAGGGACAAGGAGCUUCUCCUGAAGCCCGCCAAUAUUUUCAUUUUGAACCUGUCCGCCUGCGACCUGCUUGUGGGGCUCGUCUCCAUGAUGUUCCAGAACAUUUGGCGGCUAAGGGGUCAGUGGAUCUUUGGCGAGAUCAUGUGCAAGGCUUGGUUCAUCAUCGACUUCUCGUCCACCACCCAGUCGGCCUUUGCCAUCGCACUGAUCAGCUUUGAUCGCUUCAUGCUGGUCUCCACGGGUCUGAAGUACAAACAGUACAUCACCAUUCCCAUCACCUGUGUCCUUAUUGUUGUGACGUGGCUGUGCGCCUUGACUAUCAACGCGGUGCCCAUCCUGCUGUCGGAUGGACUCUUCAUCCGCUGGGUAGAAUAUAACUACGACUGUGACCUGGCCGUCAUGUACGAGUUUCCCUACCACCUUGCCACGUCGAUACUGUCCUUUAUCGCACCGGGAAUACUGGUUGUGUUUUUCAAUCUCACUGUGUACAACAACAUCCGCCAGAGGUCCAGACGGUUCCACAGUACUCGUUCCAGGACUUUUAAUAGUAGCAAGCGCGGUAGCCAGGGACGCAGUACGAGUGACUAUAGGAAACAUCGCAAAGCAGCUGUCACCCUUGCUUUGAUUGUUGGCGUGUUUCUAGUGUGUUGGGUGCCGUACUGGAUUCAGCAACUGGUUUUGCUGUCCUACUUGACGCAGGACAACCCCGUGUUGGCGACUGAUGCCUUGGCGUACUUGCUCUGGUCCAACAGUGCCGUUAAUCCAGUGCUCUACGCUGUCACCAACCCGCGUAUUCGCUCGGGGAUGCUCCACGUUCUACGUAAGCCCUUGCCGAGAAGGUUUGCCCGACGUGCCCGACAGCAGCGAACCACGGAAUACAACCUAGGGGAGACGAACAUGACCAAGAUUACCCGGCAAGAUGGUGAUUAAGGAAAGCUG